GCCGGAGGCCGACCCCUGGCGUCGCCCGCGCGCUUUGCGGCGGACCCACAAACCCUACGAGGCGGACGCCCUAUGCUUUUUUUUUUGGAUCGUACUCUCUUUGACAUUAGAGGGCUUUCUUUACAAUAUUGUGUGUUCUUCGUGGUCAGGCACCGUUCGUGCUUGUAAUCCCAGCAUCAAUGCUUGUGUAUUUGAAUAGGCUCCAGAAACGUCCCGUUUUGGGCCUCGCGUUAUUGAAACGGUCACUGACUUUAAAGCAUUAACUCGCGUAAUUAACAUUGUUCUCUUAGUAUAAUGAAAUGUUCAGCCGUUGAUUCCUCAGACCUCUCGUUUUUACUCCAGCUUGGUGUUCUUUAACUGGUACGCAUUUUGAGCCCUACUCUUGGUUGGGACAUCGUUACUGAAACUUCAGUAUGAAAGAGGUUUUCAUCUCUCCCCACCCCUGUCUGCGGUUUGAGUACAAAAAUGUUCGUACCCUUAGAUGAGUCCUCGUGAGCAUUUCCUUUCCCCUUCCCCAAUUUUACAUAACUGGUGAAUGACACAUUUGUGGGGAGAAAUGGGCACUCUUCGGUCCUAGGGUUCCCUCUACCCCCUUGAAGUAAGCCUGACAAAAGUCUGGAGUUAAUGUUGAUGAUGAGAUUGAAAGUAAUAGUCGCCUGUUAAUGAAUUCUGACCGUGCUCAAUCAGUGGUUCCCAAACUGAUGUGCACAUUAGUAUCACCUGGAUCUUUUAAACAUUAGAAAGCCCAUACCAAUUAAGUUGCAGUAUAUAAGGGGGAGACUUGGUAAUGAGUGUUUUUUGAUGUUCCCCAGAUAUUUCUAAUGUGCAGAGUGGUUUGAGUGCUUUGGUAAAUAUGCGGCAUGUGUUAUUUCACUUUAUCUUCUCGAAAAUUCUAUGAAGCGGUCCUUUCGCCUUUUUUACACAUGAAGAAACUAAUGCUGAGAGAGAUUCAGAAACUUCUUUGGCGAGGCAUAGCAGAUGCAUGUUGGAGCCUGGAUUUGAACACAGACUUCAUGGCUCCUAACUUUUGCAUUUUGUUUUUCUCACGGGGUUCCAAAGAAAUGAUCCUUCCUUACUUUCACUGAAGCCACCCUCUUUAAGAAAGAUGGGAAGAGAAGGGAGAUGAUGUGGCUGUUGUGCUAAUUCCUUGUACUCUAAGAGAUCCUCACAGCCCAAAGCCCAGAAAGCCUUUCCCACGUGAGUUAUGUAAAUUCAGGUGGUCAGUUGUUUAUUGAAUGCUUUGUCUUAGAAGCUAAAAUACACUUAAAGUCACAUUGGGCUGGAAGUCUGACUCCACACCUUAUUGAUCUUUUCACUUACUUUUCUGAGUCUGGUUUGCUGCGUCUAUAAAAGGGAUGAAGCUUGCCCUGCCUGCUUCAUAAAAACUGUGUGUAUAAAUCCUUUGAAAGCCAUCUACAAAAUAGUCUAUAAACAGAAGUUGCUGUAAUUGCAUUGUCAGUGGUUGAAUGAUUUUUCUACAUUGAAAAAUGGUCAUUUUGAUGGGAGAGGGGAGGAUGUAGGAGAAAAGUCAGAAGAAGAUCAUCCUGGAGAGGGAAUAUGUCAUUAAAUAGCUGUGAUGAAUAGUGCAUCCCCGAGGGGCUGGGAUCCCGGACUGAUAUGAAAGGGGAUUAGGGGGCUGGAGAGCAAGACAACCUUCGCCUAUUCACCUUUUUUCUUUAGGUCAGCGAUUGACAUUUGGGGGUUCACUUCCGUUUUGCCUGUGGAACACCUUCCCUCCUGUCCUCUUGCCUUCCCAGGCAAGUCAAGUUCAGCCCCUGCCUCUGAACCUAAAGAGAAAGAUGAAAAGAGACUGUAAGGACAGGUGGCAGCUUCCCUUCACCUGGAUCCCUCUCUUUAGUGAGAGGAACUAUUAGGAAGGGUCCCUCUUGAAUACCUCCUGUUUUUUGAAAGACCUAAUAUCACAGGGCACCCAGCUCUGGUGUGACAUUUUGAAGAUCUUAUUAGAGCCCUUUGACGUGAGUGAACACCCAGGGUUGGAGCCAUACUUCCCUGUUCUGCUAAACCGACUGAUUAAAUUAAUGUAAGUCAAGAAUAUUUGUUUUUGCCCAGGAGUUCCAUUUCCGUAUAUAAAAGAGAAAUGGGACUCCAGACUCUCUUUAAGAAGAAAGAAAAGCCCUUCCAACAUCGAUAUUCACUAGCAUAAACCCUAUCAAAAUUUUGUUCUAGAGCAGUUCUAAUCUCAGACUUUUAGGAUUUACUACAAUCCCCAUCAAAUGUAACUAUUCAGCAAGCUUCCCAUGAUCAAUCUCUUGUUUUGCUUAGUGGCCCCUCCCACUUUGCCAGUCCCUGUGUAACUGUCAUUCCUAACUACUUGUCCUUUGAAUUCCUGCAUCAUGUUUCCUGUCACGUUUGUUGCUUUCAGAAAAAAAAUUCAUUUUCUUUCUUAGGUUCUCUGCUCUUGUGUUCUUUGACGUGUUAGCAUCUCCAGCCAGUCACCUGGGCAAGGAACUUCAGAAUAAUCUUUGACUUCUUAUUAGUAAAUGUCUGUUUAUGUCACUGCUUGCUUUUAAAAUCUGUUAUUUUACCAUUGUCAGUAAGAAAAGGUCUGAAGUUUUCAUUCUGCUCAUUCAUGUGUUGGUUCCAACUUUCAUUUCUGUCCACUUGCCAGAUAACUGCUACCUCUCCUGCCUGGACUCUGUCAUCUUCACCUGUAAAACCAUCCAAGCAUAUGAGUAAAGAUCACUCUUGUCCUUUUUAUACUUGACCCUCUCCUAUACUUGAGCUCCUUGAGGUCAAGGACACUCAUUCAUGUUUGUAUCUCUAGUGCCUUGAUUUAACAUUAAAUUUUCUAAGUGUAAUAAUGAGGUAAAGCUCUUUCGCAUUACUUAGAGGUACAUGACAUUUCAUUUUUCCAUUGUGCUUGGUUUUUUUUGUUUUGUUCUGUUUUUUGACUCCUGAGAUAGGUAAGUGGGGGACAUUCUUUAGGCAUGUUUCCACAGGUUCCUUUGGCUGGGCCGAUUGUGCUUAGGCUAAGAAGCAUUGAAGGAGUGUAUGUUCCUGGGUUUUGGACAGUUGCUACGAUUGCUGUCAAAGUGCAGCACCGUUAACUUUGACAGCUGAUGAAAGUGAAACCUACCCAGCUCUUCCCUGUUCGGGGUUGUUUGAUAACAAGUUGCUAGAAAAGUCAGAUCUUCAUUCAGUGCUGGCCCAUAAGCUACAAGCUGAAAAGCAUGACAUCCCCAACAGGCAUGAGAUAAGUCCCGGACACGAUGGUGCCUGGAAUGAUAGUCAACAACAAGAAAUGGCCCAGCUGAGGAUUAAACACCAAGAAGAGCUGACUGAACUACAUAAGAAGCGUGGGGAGUUAGCUCACUGGGUGAUUGAGCUGAAAAACCAAAUGCAGCAGAAGGACAGGGAGAUGCAGAUGAAUGAAGCAAAAAUUGCAGAAUGCUUGCAGACCAUCUCUGACCUGGAGACAGAGUGCCAAGAACUACGCAGUAAGCUGCAGGACCUCGAAAGAGCCAACCAGACCCUGAAGGAUGAGUAUGAUGCCCUGCAGAUCACGUUUACUGCCUUGGAGGAGAAGCUGAGGAAAACUACUGAAGAGAACCAGGAGUUGGUCACAAGGUGGAUGGCCGAGAAAGCCCAGGAAGCCAAUCGCCUAAAUGCAGAGAAUGAAAAAGAUUCAAGGAGGCGGCAGGCCCGGCUUCAGAAAGAGCUUGCAGAAGCAGCGAAGGAACCUCUACCUGUUGAACAGGACGAUGACAUUGAAGUCAUUGUGGACGAAACCUCUGAUCACACUGAGGAGACGUCUCCCGUGCGAGCCAUCAGCAGAGCAGCCACUAAGCGACUCUCGCAGCCUGCUGGAGGCCUUCUGGAUUCUAUCACUAAUAUCUUUGGGAGGCGCUCUGUCUCUUCCUUUCCAGUUCCCCAGGAUAAUGUGGAUCCUCAUCCUGGUUCUAGUAAAGAAGUGAGAGUGCCAACAACAGCGAUGUGUAUCUUCGAUGCUCAUGAUGGGGAAGUCAACGCUGUGCAGUUCAGUCCGGGCUCCCGGCUGCUGGCCACAGGAGGCAUGGAUCGGAGAGUUAAGCUUUGGGAAGUGUUUGGAGAUAAAUGUGAGCUCAAGGGCUCCCUGUCCGGCAGUAAUGCGGGGAUUACGAGCAUCGAAUUUGACAGCGCUGGAUCUUACCUCUUAGCAGCUUCGAAUGAUUUUGCAAGUCGAAUCUGGACUGUGGAUGAUUAUCGGUUACGGCACACACUCACAGGACACAGCGGCAAAGUGCUGUCUGCCAAGUUCCUGCUGGACAAUGCGCGUAUUGUUUCCGGAAGUCAUGACCGGACCCUCAAGCUCUGGGAUCUACGCAGCAAAGUCUGCAUAAAGACGGUGUUUGCAGGAUCCAGCUGCAAUGAUAUCGUUUGCACGGAGCAGUGUGUCAUGAGUGGACAUUUCGACAAGAAAAUUCGUUUCUGGGACAUCCGAUCGGAGAGCACUGUCCGGGAGAUGGAGCUGCUGGGGAAAAUUACUGCCCUGGACUUAAACCCGGAGAGAACGGAACUCCUCAGCUGCUCUCGUGAUGACCUGCUAAAGAUCAUCGACCUACGAAUCAAUGCUGUCAGACAGACGUUUAGCGCGCCUGGGUUCAAGUGCGGCUCUGAUUGGACCAGAGUUGUGUUCAGCCCUGAUGGUGGUUAUGUGGCAGCGGGCUCCGCUGAGGGCUCUCUCUACAUCUGGAGCGUGCUCUCGGGGAAAGUGGAGAAGGUCCUUUCCAAGCAGCAUGGCUCGUCCAUCAAUGCGGUGGCGUGGUCCCCCUCCGGCUCCCACGUCGUCAGUGUGGACAAAGGAAGCAAAGCUGUGCUGUGGUCAGAGUAUUGAUGGCACCUCCGAGAGAGCGAGAGAGAGAGAGAGAGAGAGGAGCCGAAGCCAGAGAAGUGCACAGGCUCCCGUGGCUCUGUCCUGGCAGGUGGUGUGUGGGGUGUAGCUUUGACCUCCAGAGACGAGCUGGGACUGCGUGGUGUCGUGGCCUACCCUUGAACGGGAUUUCUGAGGAUUUUAGCUAAGGUCUCUAAUGGCCUGAAAGAGUAACACUGAAAAAAAUCUGGCCCUGCAGUCACUUAGCAGGGGUUCAGGUUCUUGCCUUGAUUUGGGUGGGAAACACUACUGGCUCUGAUCUUCCAUACCUCAGCGGGGGGAGCACAGGCAUCUGCCAGCUUCCUCACUGGCCGGCAGGGCCAAGAACGCCCCACACGAGUUGGUUCUUCCUCCGUGCUUUCUCCCGUCCUUCCAGAGUCGGUUCUGGCCCAGUGUAUGUCCUGUCACCUUGGGAUGGUUUUCCAGGUGAACUCGCUUGAAUCAUUGGAUUAACAGAAACCCAAACAGGAUUAUCCCCGCCCUCAGCCCACAGGGACUGCCCUGAUUUCUGAGGAGACAACGGGACUGUGGUCCUCCCUGCUGGUCUCUGUCCUUAUUAUGAGGCUCUUACUCUGAUCUCAUCUGAUUACUGUUGGAAUUUCCUUAGAUCUCCUAAACCGUUCUUAGAAAGCCGCUGUUCUUCAAAGCUUCAGGCUUCCUUUCUCCCUAACGACGCUACACACCUGGUUCUUGGUCAAGGAAUAGAUCUCAGUUUGGUUACAAAAUACUUUUUGGAGGUAGGAGAGGAAGUGCAGUAACCUUCCAAGGAAGUGGGCGAGCUGCAGGAGUAGAGGCUUCCUCCGGCCACCUGCAGACUCCCAGAAAGUGGGUGGGGCGCACUCCACCUUCUUUCCAGGUGUGCCUUGGUUACAGUUGCUGGUGACAAGGGAUUGGAGGCCUCGAAUGUAUUAGCCUGCAGCCAGCAGUUCCGGGUCACUGCCCCUUCGCCCAGCCUCUGUGCAAUACCCCCUCGGUGCUUUAGUGCCAGGAGCCCAUUCCAAGAAGCAUGGCAAUGUCAUCUUGAGGUUCCAGGAGUUCUGGUCGAGGCCAGGGAAAAACUGGCCUAUGGCUUUUUUUUUUCUUUUUUUUUUAAACGUUUAUCUUUACCGUUUUACCUGUGUAUAUCAUUUUAGUUCAUGAGUGACUGAAACACCAAUACUUUCAUCACUUUUUAAUUUGCACUUUAUUUUUUCCCUUCCACACUUGUUCUCUGGACAGCUGUGGGUAUGAGUGCUGGAGCUGGGUGAGGAGGGGCGCUGUGUCCCCCUUUCCAGCUUGCUGCUCCAAGAGCUCGAGGGGAGGUGGAAUUCACAGGCCAGGGUGCAUCUUUUAUUUAUUUAAUUAUGUUGCCCAACAGAACUUGAUUGUAAAUAAAAAAGAAAUCUGUUAUAUACUUUUCAAA